GUCCACGGCGAUGAUAUGCCGGUUGACUCGUCGGGUAAGGGUGUCUAUGACGAGCUCAGAGAUGCUGGCAAGCUUCGGAUCAUCAAGCGUACGGAGGGCGUCUCUACCACCGAUUUGAUUGGCCGAAUGUUACUCAUGACGAAGGACCAUCUGUGCAAGCCCAAUACUGACGAGAACAUUGAUCUCAACGAGCGGACUGGCACCUUGGUACGCAUGCUCACGACGACAAGACGGAUUGCCGAAUUCUCCUCAAGGCGGGCUCCAUCGGCAGAGGACACCGUCGUCUACGUUGAUGGAGCUUUUGAUAUGUUCAAUGUUGGACAUGCAACAACUCUCGAGAAGGCGAAAGCUCUUGGCACAUACUUAUUGGUGGGCAUCUUCGAUGAUGAAACAGUCAAUAAAAUGAAGGGUGGCAACUACCCUGUGAUGAACCUUCACGAGCGAGUACUGAACGUGAGUGCAUGCAAGCAUGUCGAUGAAGUUAUAAUCGGCGCCCCUGUGGAGAUCAGUGAGGACCUGAUUAGGACUAUGAAUAUCAGUAUUGUUGCACAAGGCUCGAUAAGUUCGUUCUCUACGCAGUAUGAGAUUCUUGUGAGGCUGUUUGUAGUUCCAAAGCGUUUGGGUAUCCUCCGUGAAGUAGAGAGUGAUUACCCUCACUUAACCGGAGCUACAAUCGCCACACGGAUCAUCAAGAAUU